UCGUCUUGAUCAGACACAUUCGCGAUGUUCUUAAAAAUCAUCAUUACAGUUCUUAUAAUUGCGAUUUCUGAAAUCUCUGUUCAGUGCAGUGUUGCAUCUAAAUUUCGGUCUCACGAUGUAGUUCCUGACGUUAUUCCCAACGCUCCAGAAAACCCUUUGGAGGUAAAAUAUCCGAGUGGAGUUUUUGUUGACUUUGGCAAUGAAUUAGCCCCUGUGGAUGUAAAAGACGUUCCGACAGUGACUUGGAACGCGAAUCCUGAGCACUUAUACACACUCAUUUCUGUGGAUCCAGACGUGCCUAAUCGGGAAAACCCCGAGUUCAGCGAAAUUAAAUCUUGGAUGGUAGUGAACAUUCCGGGAAAUAAUGUGGCAAACGGGGAGACCAUCGUCGAAUAUAUCGGAUCUGGGCCAUACAAGGAUUCAGGUCUUCAUCGCUACGUUUUCAUAGUCCUCAAGCAACCAUCUGGAAAGAUUGAUUUCUCAGGAGAGAAAAAGGCUACGAAAAGUGAACAGGAUGGCCGUCGGAACUUCUCCAUUCUCAAGUUUGCUGAGAAGUACUCUUUGGAUGUUUUUGCGGGAAACUUCUUCCUGGCUCAGUUUGAUGAUUACGUACCAAUUUUAAUAGCACAACUGCAUCCGGAAUUAGCUUUAAAUCCUUAAUUAUGAUUUAAGUUUUUCACAGAAAAUCUCUCUUCAAGUGGAUAUACAAUGUAGUAAAUAAAUGUAGAUUUCGACAUUGCUUAGUGUGUUUAUUGAGGCGUUUAAGAGGUUGUGCAAGAGAUGAAUUUGAAUUAAAAAAAUUAUAUAAUGUAAUAAAUUAUAAAAUUGUAUUGUAAAAAAUAAACUUCAGUU